AAUAAAAAAAAAUAUCAACAUUAAUGUUUUUCACAGCAUGUGAAGCCUGGCUUUCUGAUUUGCUUGUGUUUGCGCUGACAGGACCUGCACUGGGGUCAAAGUUGAAAGUUGCUUCUUAGGGAUCCCGGUACGCAGGAUCCCAGGAUCCCGGACAGCUGGUUCUGCACGGGGGUAGUUGGAGGUUAUUUAGAAGCUUGAAGCGCUGUUUAUUUUAGAAUUUUAACUGUACAUAAUUAUGAAGCACUUAAUGCGAUUUCAGCAUUUAUUCGUGGCAAAUAAAUUGGUGUGGAAUUCACGAAUUGUAGUCCCUGUUGGACUGUGUCGCGGUCAAUGGAGACCGCUAUGCACCCGUACAACACACAAUCAAGAGGCACACCAUUACAGUACUCCAGUGUUAAAACAUCUGACAUCCAAAAUCCGAUCAACUGGUCCCAUCUCCGUGGCAGAGUACAUGAGAGAAGUCUUAACAAACCCAGUCUCGGGUUAUUACAUACAUAAUGAUAUGCUGGGCGCUGAAGGAGACUUUAUUACAUCACCUGAAAUGAGUCAGAUCUUUGGGGAGUUGCUUGGGAUCUGGUGUGUGAGCGAGUGGGUGGCUGCAGGAAAACCAAAGGAGUUUCAGCUGGUGGAGUUUGGGCCAGGCAGAGGCUCUCUCAUCAGUGAUGUUCUGCGGGUAUUGAAGCAGCUGAAGUCAGUGAUGGGUGAAUCAGCCGUGUCUGUUCACCUGGUGGAGGUGAGUCCCAAGCUCAGUAAGGUGCAGGCGCAGAGUUUGACUGGAGAGGACAGUGAGACUGCAGACAAUGAGAACGAUCCAGUGUAUCGCAGAGGAACCACGAAAACAGGGCAUCCCGUGUACUGGUACAGAGGCAUGGAGGAUGUUCCAAGAGGCUUCAGCAUUUACCUUGCUCAUGAGUUUUUUGAUGCCUUGCCUAUCCACAAAUUUCAGAAAACAGACAAAGGCUGGCGAGAGAUGCUGAUUGACAUCGAUCCUCAAGUGGCCAACAAACUCCGCUUUGUUUUAUCACCAUCUGCAACUCUGGCUUCCUCCACCCUUCUGCAGGCUGAUGAAGAGAGGGAGCAUGUAGAGGUGUGCCCUGAGGGCGGAGUCCUGGUUCAGAGACUGACCAAUCGGAUCAGUGAAGAUGGAGGCGCGGCUCUGAUCGCGGACUACGGACACGCAGGAGACAAGAUGGACACUUUCAGAGGUUUCCAUGGUCACAAACUCCACGACGUCCUCGUGGCACCAGGAACUGCAGAUUUAACGGCCGAUGUGGAUUUCAGAUACUUAAGGAGGAUGACGGAUGAAAGGGUGCUGACUUUUGGACCAAUCACACAGCAGCAGUAUUUGCAGAACAUGGGUAUUGAUGUCAGGCUGCAGGUACUCCUGAGGAGCUGUACCGAUUCAUCCACACGGAAGCAGUUAGUUCAGGGAUUUGACAUGAUGAUGAACCCUGAGAAAAUGGGAGAAAGAUUUAAGUUUGUUGCCCUGGUGCCACACAGCAGAAUAGCCGUUCAAACACGGGGGAAGAAAGCUGAACAGAAAGGAGCAGCUGCACUGCCUGUGUCAGGUUUCAGUGAGCUGGGGCUCUGAACCGACUCUUCCAGGUCUGGUUAUCAGUGGAAGCAGACUUAGCUUCUGUUACUCAGAGCAGCUUGUACACUUUCAGUGUAAUACCAGGCUGGCUUGUACAGUAGAUUAGGACGGGGCUACUGCGGGAUUCCCACAGUAUAAGAAUACAUUUCUCUAUGUCUGGAUGGAAAUGGAAAUGAAACUGGCAGGAACGGUUGGGACCGGGAAUAGUUUUAAAUCUCACGGGAAUGGAUGGGCGUGGAACUGAAGGCUGCAGGAAUGAGUGGCAGCAAGACUGAAGGCUGUGAAGAGCAGUACCAAGCUUUAGCUUGUCAGACGAGCUACAAUAACUUUAUUCUUGUAGCUCGUUAACCCUGUCCAUGGUCGCUUUUCGUUUCGACCUAUCUAUAUGAGAUGUUGUAAUAUUAAACCAAUCAAUAUGAGAUGUUGUAAAUUUAAACCAAUCAAAUGCGUACUUAAAAAAUGUGUUAAAGUCCCCCCCCAAAAAAAGUUAGUUGCUUAUGCCAGGGUUGGCCAACUCCUAUUGUAGAGGGACACAGUGGCUUCUGAACACAUGCAACACCAGUCCAGGGAUCAAAAACAUAUUUUAAUUAAGCAUAUUCAGUUGCUUGUUGAUGACAACUGUGAAUCCAUGACUUAUCUUAAAUCAACCCUGGUACACCCCAGUACUAGCACAGCAAGAGAGAACUUAGAAAAAUAGAAAGCAUGUGGUGAAAAAGUAAGAACUCUGAAUUAAAGGAUGCUUUAAAACCUCUGCAAAAAGCUCACAACAGCGCGACAGCAGAAGCAACAUGGCAACAUUUAUCUGGGAAGAUUAAUAUUGCUAUAAAUAAGCCUAAGGCCUUAUUUCAGAUUGUCUCAAGACUAAGCAAAAUAGACCAUCUUUAUAUUCCUGAAGGUUCCCCAGAUUUAUGUGAAUCUACACCAGAUGUCUUUAUUGAGAAAGUUAUAAAGAUCCAUGCCACUAUAUCAGCUGACACUUCUUGUUUUUUUACCAAUAGAAAAACCCAAAUUUAAAGAUGCCCUGUCAUAUUGGUUUAUUAUUAUUAUUUGUUUAUUUAGCAGACACCUUUAUACAAGACGACUUACAGAGACUAGGGUGUGUGAACUAUGCAUCAGCUGCAGAGUUACUUACAAUUACGUUUCACCCGAAAGAUGGAGGUUAAGUGACUUGCUCAGGGUCACACAAUGAGUCAGUGGCCGAGGGGGGAUUUGAACCACACAGCCUAUUGGUCAUUGAUGACAGCCGCAACCUUGCAACCUUUUUUUAGCUGAUCCUUGUCCUGCCACCAGCCAUCACUGAAGGGAUUUUUCCAACUCAUUUUAAAAGUGCGCUGAUUUCUCCUAUUUACCUUUUCUGGCAAAAGUUAUUGAACAUGUAAUUGGGUCCCAGCUUCAGGACUAUCUGUCUUCUUCUGCCCUUCUAGAUCCUUUUCAGUCCAGUUUUCGCCUCUUCCAUGGUGUUGCUGGUGAUAUUUUGAAGAUCUUGGAUGCUGGGCGUGCUGCAGUUCUCAUCCUCCUCGAUCUCUCAGUGGCUUUCGACACCGUUGACCAUUGGAUCUUACUUAACUGCCUGGAAAACUGCUUUAGUAUUACUAGUCUAGCUUUGUCUUUAUUUAAGUCUUUUCUAACCAACCGUACCAGCAGGCUGUCAGUAGGGUCCAAUGUGUCAUCGCUGUCAUUGGUCAAAUAUGGGGUUCCUCAAGGAUCCACUCUCUCACGUUUUAUUCAAUCUUUAUAUAGAGCCCCUGGGGGAGAUCAUUGAGGUAUGUGGACUCCAGCACCACCAGUAUGCUGAUGAUACACAGCUAUAUGUGUAUCUCUCAGGCAAUGUUGAAGAGUUGAAGGCUGGACUGGAGUACGGUCUGUCAAAGGUGGAUACCUGGCUUAAUUUAAAUUGGUUGAAACUAAACCCUUCAGAGGUUUUAUUAUUAGGAUCGACAGCAACUCUCAAGAAGCUCGAAUAGCUUUACCCCUCCGAAUAUUAAUGGAACUACACCAAUUGUAGUUCCUAUAGCUAGGAACCUGGGAGUGACUGAUAACCAACUUUCACUCCAGUUCUGAGGGAACUAUUCUGGCUCCCAGUCUGGGAGAGAAUAGAUUUGCAAGCCUUUGCACUAUAAAGCGUUAAAUGGAGUUGGACCAGCCUACCAUCCAGCUGUUCUUCCUGUUAGAAUUAAUACCAGGAAUUUGAUUGGUUUUUAUUUUACAUCAUCACAUAUUCAUUAGUUUAAUAUUAUAUUCUUGUAGCUCGUCUGACAAACUAAAGUUUGGUCCUGUAGUGCUCUUCCUGUAGCCUUUAGUUCCGCUCUCAUCACAUUUAAAAAACUCUUUACUCCCGGUCCCACCCGUUCCUGCCAGUUUAAUGUAAUACCAGGCUGGCUUGAACACUUUCAAUGCAUUCAUCGUACUGGACUCGUAUAAGCAAAUCAUUUUCAUUUAAUUUAACUGCUCUUAGUUGAACCCGCUCUAAUUAUUUAUUGUAUUCUCUAUUUUUUGCUGUUAUUUGAAUUUGAUCUUUUGAUACUGAUUUUAUGUACUUUGCACUGCUCUUAUCUGUAAUAUGAUAUUCUGAAAUGUGAUACUUUACAAUGUGAUAUUUUGUAAUGCGAUACUUUGUACUGUGAUAUUUUGCAACCAUUGUACGUCGAACUGGAUAAAGGUGUCUGAAUAAUAAUAAUAAUAAUAGUAAAUAAUAAUAAUAAUAAUAAUAAUAAUAAUAAUAAUAAUAAUAAUAAUACCAGGCUGGCUUGUACACCAUUUCAAUGUACAACCAGGCUGGCUUGUACACCAUUUCAAUGUAAAACCAGGCUGGCUUGUACACCAUUUCAAUGUAAAACCAGGCUGGCUUGUACACCAUUUCAAUGUAAAACCAGGCUGGCUUGUACACCAUUUCAAUGUAAUUCAUGCUGGUUAGUACACGACUUUCAAUCUAAUACAGCUUUCUGAAAAAGUGCAUUGAGGGCCAAUUCAGUUACUUAUGUUCUGAUGCCUUUCAUCACCUCAUAUCUGGCUCAAGUUACAAAUGGAAAGUCUCACCCUAGCCCCCAGCUUCAUAACUGGCAGUGUGGGCUCAUGAGACGCCCAGGAUUUGGGUUGAUCGACUGCAUGUGGCUUGAUAGUGGCUGCCCUGCUUUUAAAGAGCUUUGCAAAGCCCUUUAUAAAAUGCUUUAUGUUCUAUUCUGAAUCGGUGUCAAAAGCACAACAAAGCCAUUACAACAUUUCAAACUUGGCAUUCGUGUAGCAGGAAUAGUAAAUUAUACUCAUUUCAGACAAAGUUAGACAGGCCAGGAAAGGGUCUUUGUUCAUGCAAAAUGUGCAUCUAAUGUUGUGUUAAGUAAUAAUAAUAAAUGGUACAUGUGUCCUACCUUUGGACAUUC